UUCCGAGUCAAACCCACUCCUCACCACCACUCGCGUUUGUCCUCUAUAGGAUCAUCCAUAAGGAUCCACACUUACCCACAACCUUCUUCAAAAUGUGUAACAUGGAGUGUUUCGGUGACCAGUACAGAGGAUGUGGGCAUUACGUCCGAAUCUAUCAGACUGGAAUUACAUACGACUGUGGCCGGCCGAAUUGCAAGCUAAGUGCAGCGCAUAUGCACAAAACUGCCAAGAACUGCGGGUGUAACAUGGAAUUUUCUGAUCAACGCAGGGUCCGGAACCUAUUCCAAACAAAAUGCGACGCCUGCCUGGAGUACGAGGCUGGAGGUUCGGAUGAAUAUGGUCGCCGAAUGGGACGACAUUGGUGAUUCCUCGGCGUCCAACCGCCAUACAUAUAUGAGGUGGUUGUCAUCGCCUUGACCUAUCUUGCUAUCCCUCGCUGCCAUCGUACUGCUUUCGCCACUAAUUA